AGAAACAGUGAGCACACUGAUUGCAAACACGGAAAUAAUAGAGUGCGAUACAUCCAUCCGCGUAAUUAUGUUCCAUGUCUAGUUGCAUGCAUUUUAAGCACCCGUGUUUAAAAACAGACAUUGCACGUGAAACACAUAACCGGGUAGUGUGUAAGACAUCUUUUUUCUUGUUCGAUGGAUCUAUUGCAGCUUCUGUCAUGGGCCUGCAUCGUGUUCACCGUCGGGAUGUUCUCGACUGGACUGACCGACCUGAAGAAGAUGAGAGAAUCAAAAAGUGCUGACAAUAUUCAGUUUCUCCCUUUCCUCACUACAUGUCUUAAUAACCUGGGCUGGUUAUAUUAUGGGAUUCUGAAGAGCGAUCAGACCAUUGUCCAUGUCAACGUUAUCGGAGCUCUACUCCAGAUCCUCUACAUCAUCGUGUACCUACACUACACAAAACAAAAGAGGCUGGUGAUGGUCCAGACUCUAGCAGCAGGGAUGGUGCUGACCUGCAGUUGGUUCUACUUCACCACGUUUCUUCCAGAGGGAGACACUCGGCUUAGCCAGCUAGGCCUCACCUGCAGCGUGGUGACCGUCAGCAUGUACCUGUCCCCACUCACCGACCUGGUAAAGAUAGUGCGAAGUGGUGAUGUGCAGUGCUUGUCCUUCCCUCUGACUGUAGCCACCUUCUUUACUUCCACCUCCUGGGUGCUGUAUGGCCUCCAGCUAAACGAUCCUUAUAUUGUGGUUCCAAACACGCCUGGGAUCUUCACCAGUCUCAUCAGAUUUUAUCUGUUUUGGAGAUUUGCGGCUGUCAAUCAAAGCUCACCGUCCUUUAAGUCAUUGCAGAUAUGAUGAUGUGAGGGGUGUCCGUUAUGAAAAUGAAAAGAAAUGAAAGAUCUGUUAAAUCCAACAAGUGCUGCAGCGAUCCAUUUCUUGUCAUGUAUUUUUAAUAUACAGAGAGACAUUGGAAAGAAACAAACUUGUGUUUGUUGUCAUUUCAGGAAGGUACAGUAUAUCAGUUACUCAAAAAAUAUGCCUUUGAUUCAACAGUUUAUUUUUCUGCAGUUAUUUGUUAAACCUGUGUCUCCCUUUCCAUGUCCUUCAAGUGCCUUUUGUUAUAUCCUGUUUGCCAUUAAAGAUGAAUGGCAUUUACUGAUCUACCAACAUGUCAGGAGACAUGUCCGAUCCAGUGAGUUGGAUUUAAUCUUCCUCGCCUCAUACUUGCCAAAGAUUUUGUGGAGUUGUAACCUGCUAGCAGCUGGUUUCAUAUUUUUCCCUGAUGUGGCAAUGAUGAUUUCCUAUCCCUUU